CGGAUGAAAGGCAACCAAUUUGUUAUGCCGGUCAUGAACGUUUUUCUGUUGUUUCUCACCAACCAUGUUAUUAUUUCAACUCAACCGGCGGUCAAUUUAAAAUUAUCCAAAAUUCGGCAGAACUCAGCUCCUCUGCUUUAAAUAUCCUCAACACUCUUCAACGUCUUCCACAUCUCUCCGUUACCCAGCCUACCGACUCACACCUAGCCUUGAUAGGAAAUGGCUCCCAUUGACGUUGGUGAUACCUUACCGGACGGUACUCUGGCCUACUUCGACGACCAAAAUGAGUUGCAACAAGUCUCCGUACACUCCCUCGCUGCCGGUAAAAAGGUGGUCCUUUUUGGUGUUCCUGGUGCUUUCACCCCUACUUGCAGCUUGAAGCAUGUUCCUGGCUUCAUUGAAAAAGCAGACGAGUUGAAAUCCAAGGGCGUCGACGAAAUUCUCUGCUUAAGUGUUAAUGAUCCAUUUGUGAUGAAGGCAUGGGCGAAGACAUAUCCUGAGAACAAGGCGGUUAAGUUCCUUGCCGAUGGAUCGGCAAAUUACACCCACGCUUUGGGUCUUGAGCUUGACCUUAGCGAGAAAGGACUGGGAACUCGUUCCAGGAGAUUCGCACUUUUGGUGGAUGACUUGAAGGUGAAGGCUGCAAAUGUGGAAUCUGGUGGAGAAUUUACUGUCUCCAGUGCUGACGAUAUCAUCAAGGCUCUUUAAAAUUCUAAUUAUGUGUAAGAGUUACUGUACACAAGUAGCUUUUGAAGAUGUCUGUCUGGAAAAUCCGUUGCUUGAAAUCUGUCAUGCUUGUUGAACUAAUGGAUAUGUUUCUCUUUUUUUCGCUUGAAGAUGUGUGUCUGGAAAAUCCAUUGCUUGAGUUGAAACCCUAAAUCCAUUGUUUCUCUCUA